AAAAAUGGUUCCCAAACAAACAAACCAAAUUUAUGACAAUGUAAAGCAAACCCAACAGAGGGAGCUUGACAAUCAAUCACCAUAGCCAUGGACUUGUCGAAGCUCCAAUCUAGGGUUUCAUCUUCCUACAUCCCACCCCACCGCACUCAGCUCCACCCUCGCACCAUCCUCUAUCCCAACCCCAGGGCCUCUUCGUCUUCUUCCAAUCGAGACAAAUGCCUCAUCCUCUUCGCCUCCCUCUUCGUCUUUCCUUUCCUCUUCUACCUCUUCUACACCGCCCUCGGCGUUCACCAAUCCUCCAAAUUCGGCGAAUCCAAGACCAAUCUCUUCGGCAUCAUCAUCAAUGCCUCCCCAACCCACUCUCGAAUUCACGUCUUCGAGUUCCUCAACCCUGGUUCCACCUCUCUUGAGGUGAAGCCGGGGUUGAGUUGGUUUGCCGGAGAUCCAGAAGGGGCUGGAAGGUCGGUUGUGGAGUUGAUUGAGUUUGCCAAGAAAAGGGUUCCUAAAAGUGAAUGGAGGAAUACU